UGGAGAUGACAAACAUCAUGUGACUCGUUCGUCACGUGACCAAGGACGGCUCCACCAAACUUGCUUGCUUUACUUCCGACUACGACAGAAUGUUACUGGCACCACCUCGGUGUCCCAGGCGCGGCGUUCAUGCUGGCAUUAGUGUUCCAAAAGAAGUAUGUCGAGCGCUGCCAAUGGAGUUAGAAAUGCACCCCAUCGAGAUGUGAAUGAUUAGCCCAGAGGAAGCGCGUUUAAAUGCAGAGCUCACCGAGACACGCCUGGGUUACUUUUGAAGAUGUCAGGUGGUAAUCUGUUGAGCAAGGUGCGCUCCGCCUUCCGGAGGGAACCGGACGACUGGGAUCUGAGUGACACUGCUCCCUUUGACUUUUCCGACGACCUGGUGGAGGAUGAUACGCCCAAAUUCAACAAGCUAAAGGUGGUGGUCUCCGGCGAAAUGUCGGAUUAUUCCGCCGGGGCUCCGUCCAACGGAGUGGCAGUGAAUACGCUGGUGGUGGCGGCGGAUCAUCAACGUGAUGAUGACGACGACUCCCUGCUAGACUCUUCCUCCAGCUUGGGCAGCCCGGGUUUAAACAUGGACCCAUGUGACAGCUGCACCAAGAAGAGGGAGACCAUCAAGCAGAGGAGAGUGAUGAAGAGGCUGGUCAUUGCAGCUGUGCUCUACUUUCUUUUUAUGACCGCCGAAAUUAUAGGUGGCUAUGUGUCAAACAGCUUAGCCAUUAUGACUGAUGCUGUGCACAUGCUAACAGACGUAGUGGGCAUCCUGUUUUCUCUGCUGGCUCUGUGGCUCUCCACUAAACCACCAACCAAGAGAUUCACCUUUGGACUUCAUCGGCUUGAGGUGGUAUCAGCGGUCCUCAGUGUGGCGCUCAUCUACAUCCUGACGGCCAUACUGCUCUUUGAGGCGGUUCAGAGAACAGUACACAAAGACUUUGAUAUCGAUGGUGACGUCAUGCUCAUCACAGCAGCUGUGGGGGUGGCGGUCAACAUCAUAAUGGGCUUCUUAUUAAACCAAGGCGGUCACCCUCACGCUCAUGGCCAUGGUCACUCCCAUGGCCCUGCAACUGUGUCGGGGUCACAGAACCAAAGGUCACAUGGCAGUCUGGCUGUCCGAGCCGCCUUCAUCCAUGCUUUGGGCGAUCUUUUUCAAAGCGUCGGGGUUCUCAUAGCUGCCUACAUUGUCCGCUUUAAGCCCGAGUACAAACUGGCAGACCCCAUCUGUACGUACAUCUUCUCUGUUCUCGUUGUCUUCACCACAGUCCGCAUCAUACGUGACACUACAAUCAUCGUGCUGGAGGGUGUCCCCAGACAUUUAGACACUGUGCAGAUUAAAGAAGAUCUCCUGAAGCUGGAGGACGUCCAGUCUGUGGAUGAGUUGAAUGUUUGGGCACUGACUACUGAUAAGACUUCAGCACUUGUGCAUCUUCAGCUAGCGCCCUCCAGUGCCAACAACUGGGAAGACGUCCAGGCAAAGGCCCGUCACCUGCUGCUUCACACUUAUGGCUUGACCAGAUGCACAGUGCAGGUCCAGACGCACCGACAGAGGCCAGUGCGCACUUGUGCACAAUGUCAGCAGCCUAGUGCCUAAAGACACAUUCCUACAUUCACUUCCUCUUUAUGCAUUUCCGCGGAGCUACGUGGCAUCGAGUCGAGAGUCGAGAGCAGUGCAGGAACCUUAGGAAGCAUAAGUGGUGCUAAAAGAAAUCUGAAGAGUGGAUCAAUAACAGUAAGACGAUGUAAGGAUCACUGCAACCUGUGAGGACUGAAUGAUCUGCAGUGUUGGAGACAUUCUCUUAAUUCACCAUUAUUGCCUAUAUUUAAUCUCUAUUUACUUAUUUUACUUUUUGAUUUAUGGUGAUCGCCACAGCCUCAUCAUAAGCAUCUUAUAAUUUGAAUGUGUUUGUCGACUUAUUUUACCAGGAAUGUACACACAACGCUCACUGACUCACUCUUUAGUGUUAUGUUAGCCUUUAACCAGAAUCACUUUUCUAGUCAUAAUACUGUAAAAGUAGAUUCGGUUAUUAUAAUUUCCAUAACAGUAUGGCUGAGUAUGAUAAGAGCUGCUGUACCUCAAUGGUGACUGAGUAUUCUAGUACUGAGUGGACUCUCCUGCAAUAUUUCAAAGUAAACAAUGCUGUUAAGACAUUUUGAGGAGGGUGUACCCUUUGAUGGGACAGAAUCAUAUAAACCGAACUCACUGCUUUCAUUUGUAAUAAAGUAUUUUAUUUAU